AUGAUCUCCCUAGGCCUGUCUGCUCGUCUUCCCAAGCGGGCCUUCCCCGCAAUCCGCACCCAGCGACAGUUUAGCUCCGCACGCCCGACAUGCAAGGAAAUCCAGGAGGCUUACAUCCUGAGUGCCUCUCGAACACCAACAGCAAAGUUCAAUGGUUCUUUUGCGUCUGUAUCAGCACCUGAGCUCGGCGCUGUUGCUAUCAAAUCUGCUCUAGAGAAAUCCAAGAUACCCGUUGAGAAGAUCACAGAUGUUUACAUGGGAAAUGUUCUGCAGGGCUCAGUAGGCCAAGCACCCGCCCGUCAAGCGUCUAUCUUUGCUGGCCUUCCUGUCACUGUCGAAGCUACGACCAUCAACAAGGUCUGUGCUUCUGGCCUGAAGGCGGUAGCACUUGCGGCACAAAACAUCCAAUUGGGUUUGGCUGAGGCGCAAGUAGCUGGUGGCAUGGAGAACAUGACUCGUGUUCCCUAUUAUAUGGCACGUGCUAGUCAAUUGCCCCCUUUUGGUGAGAUCAAGCUGGAGGACGGACUCAUCAAAGAUGGUCUGUGGGAUGUAUACAACAAAUUCCACAUGGGUAUUUGUGCCGAGCACACUGCCAAAAACCAUGGCAUCUCACGGGAGGACCAGGACUCAUAUGCCAUUCAGUCAUAUGAGCGAGCCCAGCAAGCAUGGAAGGAGAACAAGUUCGCCGAGGAAAUUGCCCCAGUUAUUGUGAAAGGUAAGAAAGGAGAUACCAUUAUUGAACGCGAUGAAGGCUUUGAGAAUCUGCGUGCCGAUAAGUUGAGGACUCUGAAACCCGCCUUCCUUCGAGAUGGGACGGGUACCGUGACCGCUGGCAACGCAUCCACCAUGAAUGACGGAGCAUCGGCUCUGAUCCUGGGUAACAAGGAUCUUGCUCGCGAAUAUGGGGCUAGCAGCCGUGUCCUGGCCCGUAUUGUUUCCUCAGCCGAUGCCGCCAUCGAUGCUGUGGACUUCCCAGUGGCCCCUGCCAAAGCAGUCCCGAUUGCGCUAGAGCGUGCUGGUAUCACAAAGGACCAAGUGGCGGUAUGGGAGUUCAACGAGGCCUUUGCCGCUGUGAUUAAAGCCAACGAAAAGAUCCUCGGUUUGCAAAAUGCCAAGGUCAACAUGCUCGGUGGCGCCAUCUCUCUAGGCCAUGCUCUUGGUAGCUCGGGCUCCCGCAUCCUCGUCACCUUGCUGCACCAGCUGCAGCCCGGCGAGUAUGGAGUGGCUGCAAUCUGCAACGGCGGCGGUGCUGCAACUGCAAUGGUUGUGCAGAGGUUGGAACGGGUGGAUUGA